ACCGGAGACCACUUUACCAACCAGUGCUUUAGAUUGUGGCUAUUCCAGCUGAGCUACAAGCUAGUUCUCCUUCAAGAUGCCGUCCAUUGCGGAGCGCCCGCGCUCGUCGCAAGAGGCUCUGCUGCUGCUGGAGAAGGACACCGGCUCACCGGCAACCCAGCUCGCCGAAGCGGCUACCAUCAUCGGUAUUGAUCUAACGCUGUGUACCAGUCAUCCGGAGAUAAACCGCCCGGCACAUGCUCCGAGAAACGCUGCGCCCAAGGAAGAAUGGGUGUUGCGGUGGUUGCUGAAGAAGCUUAAGACGGCGAAAAACUACCGCGUCGAUGCGACGUCGUUUCUCUUGUUGAGACAGCUGAUCGACCUGGUGCCUACGAAGGCGUUGGCGACAACCUUGAGAGACCAGAAGUUUCUGGGUAUUCUGAACAAUAUCUUGAAUGAUUUAUGGGAAGAUGUGUCAGCGAUGAUUGGGACACAGGCCCCUGAGCCUGGCCACUCGGGGUCCGAGUCCAGCCACACAUUGCCUGGGUCGCCGAUUAAUAAUGGAGAUUCUCAUAAGAAAAAGGGGACAAAGAGGAAAAGGACGCGCGAUGAGGAGGAGGAGGACGAUGAUCAUGAUGCUAUCGCCAUUGGCGAGGAGCCGCAGCCGCCCGCCUCCUGUUUCCUAGUUUUGACCCGUGUGUUGGACUGUAUCUACGGCUUGGUGGCGCUGGUGAACAAGCAGUCUGCUCUUGAAAGGGCCGAGAAUGCAUAUCUUAAACACGCAUUGAAGGGAGAGCCUGACUCGCUGGGCUUGCUAUUGGGCAAUGCAUUCAGACUGGCGACUGUGGCUGCGACACAUCUCUCUGACCGCCAGAAAACGACUGAUCUGCAACAUUUGCUCUAUGUUCUUCCUUCGACCUUUGACCUCUGGGAUCUGAGGUCGUCUCGGCAGGAUGAUGGCGAGAAUAAGUCCAGCAACGACUCCUUCGCGAAAUACUGCUUCCGAUAUGCUUUGAGGCUGCAGCUUUGUAUGCGCUCUCUGAAGCUAGAUACCGAUGAAAGGACUCAGGUGGUCCAUGGAAUCGAGAGUUUGAUUGCUUUGCAUGUUGUGCUUCCUGCACGCUCUGCCUUCUUUGACCGGGGUGGAUCCGGUAUCGACUACUCCUCCGACGAGCCCGACUGGAGCUCAGUGAAACCAGUGUCAGAGAUAUUUAGGCCACUCUUCCGUGAGCCGUUGGCCCCGAAGGGUCAGGAGUCCAAGAAACCGUUGGCUCUGCAGGGAGAAACCAGGGAAUCAUCAUGGAAUACAGCCGAGCUGUUGCCAGAGCUGUUUGGCACUGCUGCACGGUCUGUUCCCCGGGAUACAUUCCGCCAGCAGACACAGGAAGCCCCUUGGCUUGAGACCCUUUUUGUUGCCCUUGCUGAGUUGGCAUUUUCGGUUGUGAAAGAGGAAAAUGCCUCCUACAAGAUCUCUGAUUUUGUUCUGGUGUUGGAGCAACUCUUCCGUGUGGCUCACGACCGUAAAGUUCAGCUUUCUCUUCACACAUUGCUGACACACGCCUCGUAUACGGGUCUUCUCAAGGAUGAUUUGAAAAACGUCCAGUGGAACUUGACGGCUUUACUCAUCAAACUCGGUGUUGAUAUUUUCCUGCCCAAUUCUGGUCUCACCGAUUCGAGCAGGCUCCUCGAUUCCUUACUCAAAAACAUUCUGUUACAGUGGCAGAAUCAUUCCUCUUAUGACGACGGCAAAUACCAAACCAUCAAGGAUGGUGUCGUAGUCCCUCUACUGCGUGGGUUCGCAACUGCCAGAGAUCUGCCGACAUUCAUUCAAGUAUGGCAGACCCAACUAGCUGCUACCGAAGAGGCUCGUUCCCAGAACGCCGCUUUGAACCAUUUCGCCGUCUGGGAGGAUGACGAUCUGUGUGACAUCUACAGUGAUAUAAUCAAGACGUCGCUUGUUGAUUCGCAGGUUGCUACACAAAUCCAAAUAGCUGCGACUCACAUCAAGGGUAAAAGCAACAAGAUCUCCGAGUCUCCUGAUGCAUACGCUCGAUUCGUCACCUUGGAAGCUACCUUCAGGAGUCGAAAGGCUCCGCUUGAAGACGGAAACGAGGAUUUAAAGUCUAUUUUAGAGACUGUCGCUCGCACGCUGUCUUCAAAGCAGUCGUUACACUGGCGUUGGCGAUUGUGGAGAUUCCUUCAAAGCCUUCUCAUCGAUACCACUCAAUCGAUUGAAAGCAUUCUUGGCAGUGAUUCCUCAAGUCUGAUCGAUGCUGCAACAAAGUCGAUCCGGAGACUUCACAAAGAUCUAGCAAAGAGGCCAGGUGCUCUUCUAGAGGCCUUUGAAGCAUACCGCUUUGCCCUAGUUUCAAUCCAAGAUCCUAUUGAAUCAGAUCAGCUUGAAAAAUUCGAUAACCUUACCGCCGACAUCACAGAAUUCAUCAAGCUAAUUUCCGCAAAAGACGUAUCAAGAUCGAUGAAAGCUCCAUGGAACGGCCGGAUCGAAACAUUGGAUUCGCCAGUGUCGCUUGCGUUGGGUUAUAUCCUUACACUCGUGAGGAAUCCGUCCUCCUGGGCCCAAAUCAAAUCGCAGACUAGACGGUUCCUAUUCGAACACUUGCUCUUUUUAGCAACUGUUCAACACAAGCCAUCCUUGACGCUUCUCGAUAACGCCUCCUCCCAUGCAAGGUUUCUCCAGGCAUGGGCGAGCAUCGUCUGUCAUGAAUACCUAUUCAGUGCACCGUGUGUUGCCAAUGAUUUGAUCGCCGUACUCUGUGAGAAGUUGAAGGGAGACCCCUCUCAUCGCCCGCUCAAUAUCGAGAGUAUCCAGCGGAUUCCUGGGGCGCUAAUAACUCGCCGCCAGCGAGGUGUCCUCUUGGAUAUCCUCCAGGAAACCAUCGUCCAGAAGGAUAGCACUCCCGAGGCCACGUUGGGAAUGCUGUCCUUAAUGGCAAAGUUAGCUGAUCUGCCAAAGUCUGCAGCGACUUUGACGAGCGAUUGGGAGCCGGUGUGGACGAUUUCUAGAGCGAUCACUCUGAAGGGUACAGAGAUGGAUCUUCAGAUCAUGAAGUCUCUUCAAAACUUGCUUCGGAUAGUCAUUAGCAAACUUCUUGUAUCGUCUAAUGAUGACCGCCAGAAAUUAUUCAGCAGGCUUUAUCGCAGAGUCUCAUCAAAGACAUCCAAGAUGAAGGCAGCCGAUGUCGACUCGAUGGAGUUUUUCCUCCUAAGGAUCUCUCUCCGCCAGUUAUGGGAUCAUCGAUCGGAGCUUUCGGGCUGUUUCGAGGAGGCAAAACUAGACGCUUGCCGGCGCACAGCCUUCGAAUUAGUCUUGUCCGACAUGAAGAGGGUCAAGGAUAUGUGCAAGAAGCAACAAGUCGAAGGGACUGUCGUCCUCAUCAAAAUGAUCGAUGCGUUGGAGGAUUUUGAAGACUACACAUCGGGCAAUAGUGAAGUUGAAAGGUUCCUGGCGAAGAUCGAGAGCUAUGUGGAGAAAUCGGUCGACUCGGGGGUAUCUGUUCGAAAAUUAAUUGGCCGCCGGAUCCUCACUGCUCGUGGGCCAGAGGAAAAUAUCUCUUUGCCGACGGUGCGCUUUGCUGAGACUCUUCCGGCACAGCAAUUGUACGGCGAGGAGCAACAGCUGUUUGUCCGGACGACUACUGAAAGAUUCCGGUCCAUGUCGAGCGAUCAUCUUACCCAAAUUAUACGAGAAAUUCGUGGAGAAUUGUUCGGCGACAAGGUCGUGAAUCGCCUGCUGGUCGCUGGCCUCGCCGUGGCGUCUCUUCCUCCCAUCGAAGAUAAAGAAAGUACGACAGCCAAAGAGCUCUCGUUGUUGUGCACCGCAAUCACCGAGUCUCUCCCCGGCAGCACAUCCGUGGAGCAAUUCUCCUUUGCUACCGAAUGUCUCGAAAUGUUGCUCCGCAACCAGUCCCGCUGCAUGACUCAAUGGAACAUUGAUGGUCUGCUGGCUGCCAUCACCGUCAGCGCCUCCAAAUCCGGUCCGCGCAUCUCCCCCGAGUUUGCGGCCACGGUCUAUACCCGUCUUUGCCGGUUAACAGGCGUCCUUUUCGGCCUCCACCGCCAGAAGUUGGGUGGGCGCUUCCAUCUCAUUCUACCCGCCAUGCAGCGCCUGUUAGACUGUCUCUUUGCGCGCGGGAAGAAACGCCAUCGGUCCAUGCGGUCUGAAAUCGCGCACGGCCAGCCAUACUGGCUUGCCCCCCUGCAGGCCUCUCAUGCGGUGCACUUUACCCGGCUGCUGACGUCUCUCUGCGACCCGACCGUGUCGGCGGUAUCGCGACCGAAUCAAUCCGCCGCUGGGUUCGAAGGGCUGACGGAUCAGACCAAGAAAGCCAAACGCAUCGCCGGCCAGUACCUGCAGUAUCUGAUCAUGGAGUAUGCGCAGUGUUCACUGCGCGGCUCGCUUGUGCCAGAAGUCAAGGCGGCGAUCAUGCCCGGUCUGUAUGCCAUCCUGGACGUCAUGUCUCGCGAUACCAUGCGGGCGCUGAAUGCAGGACUGGACGUCUCUGGACGCGCCGUGUUCAAGGCAUUGUACGAUGAUUAUGUGAAAUUCGGCAAGUGGAACAAGGGGUAGAUGGGACAGUCAAUGUGGGCAAGAAAUCCGUUCUUGAUGUAUAAGAUAUCCAGAUGAUUCUGCAGGCACGGAAUUAACUAUUUCAUACAACUCAUUCUUCUAAAUAACUAGUCAUCAAGUACCAUAUAUGCAGUACUAGGCAG